AUGAAUCCUAUCAUGGAGGCGCUGGUCACAGCUGUGCUCAUCAAAUGCCCAGACGACCCUGCAGAGUUCAUGAUGAAGUGGCUCCUGGACCAAACAAAAUAUGAUCGUGGAGAAUUUGGACAGCCGGUGGACGAGGCAGAACUGGCAAAGCUUAGGACUGAGGUAGAGAAACUCAAGGCCGAUAAGGCCAAACUUGAGGAAGCAGUCAAAGCAGCUUCUUGA